GACGAGACGACGUACGCAUUACCCGAUCCUUUUUAAAAAGACGGAAGAGAAAACAGAUUUUGAAAAAAACAAAAAAGAAAACGCGGAGAGGUUAUAUUACUUGUGCUCGCGAGAUUCAUCAGUUCGAUUCCUUGUUCGUUUCUCACCGGCGUAAAUCAUGACAACUUCAAAGAGACUUGCAGACAGGAAGAUUGAGAGGUUUGACAAGAACAUUACUAAAAGAGGUUUUGUUCCUGAGACCACCACCAAGAAGGGCAAGGAUUACCCUGUCGGACCCAUUCUCCUCGGCUUCUUUGUCUUCGUCGUCAUUGGUUCAUCUCUCUUCCAGAUCAUCAGGACCGCAACAAGCAAAGGCAUGGCAUAAACGGAAUCACUGUUCAAGCUUAGAGGAAGCCAUGUUUUCAAAAUUAAUCUCUCUUCUUCUUCUGUCUUGGCUGUUUUUCCCUUAUACUGUAGAAUGCGUUAACUUUCUGUUUACUUACCUGUUAUGAAGAAUUUUGAGACUACUUUUUUCUAUAAAUUAUCCAAUCUUUGAAAUC